AUGGGCCAUAUCCGAUGGAUCGGGGUCUCUGGCUUUCUGCUUUCCGCGCUGCUGACUUAUCGAGCCCAAGGCUGCUUUUCGACAAACAACUGCUGUCACAAUACCGAAAUCGGCCAUUUUGAGAAGCGGAUCCAGGACGAAUUCAGAUCAGCCCAUUCUGAGCCCAUGUCUUCUUCCAAAAGUUGCCAAGCCACGUCUGAAGGACCCUCGAGCAAGCGAUCCACCUCUCCUUGGGAAUAUGUGGAGGAUUUUGACAACCAACGCUACCCUCAGCGGCUUUGGCAGGCCCGUUGCAGCUGUCACCGGUGCGUCUCCUUGGCUUCCUGCAAGGCCGGCCCCGGCGACGAACGCCUGUAUUGUCAGCAAGAGCUGAACGGAAAUUCCGUCGCUGUCCAUCACCACGUCCUCGUUUUUUACCGCAGGCCUUGUCCUGGGAACCCCGAGAGGUUCUACCUAGAUCCCCGGUUGCAUCCCGUCAACGUGUCUUGCACUUGUGUAGCUGCCAGAAAAAGAUGCUACGCAGACAAGACGGGAUGCUCGAUCUAA